AGAAUAAGGCAUUAAGAUGACGACGAAAUCGUACAGCAAACACAAGGAGUACAAGGAGAUAUCCAGCAGAGGCACUGUGCCAUACACUGACGAACAAUUCGACAUGAUGAAAUCCGAGCUCCUACCCAAAGGCAGUAAACUGGACUCGUUGGGCCGCGGUACUGGCACCCGAGAGUACCACUACGAGUACAAAGAAGAGAAGCUUCCAGGUGGAAAGUACGAUCGAAAGGAUUACCAUACUGUUGAGAAGGAGGAAACUGCCUCCCAUGACCCCUCACUGCCCAGCAUGGCGCGAAUUACGCCUGGGAGUGAGAGGUCAUCACCAAUUGCCGCCACCAGAGUGCGGCGCUCUUCGGACCACGCUGUACAAACCUGA